AUGGAUUAGUCACUUUCGGGUAUUUUAACAAUAGUUAUUGUAGAAGGAAAGGAUAUUCGGUUUAAUACAUUUUUAGGAAAUCCCAAUCCAUAUGUGAUUUUGAAGAUAGGCUCUGUUAAAUUUUAAACUGAAAUAUGCGAAAAAUAAGAAAAACCAAUAUGGAACUGCAGAUUUGCAGUUGAUUUAUCGAAAUUUCAUUACAAUGAUGAGAUUAGAUUUGAAUUAUAUGAUUACAAUCCUUAUAUUAGUGAUACGAUGAUUUCCUUUUGGUCUGAUUCUUUAAAAAAUAUAACAUAAAUUUAGAGAGCUGUUAGAGUUUUAGAUUUGGCAGAACUUAAUAUUAAAAAGUAAAUAAAUGGUAAAUUAAAAGUUAGUUUUGAAUAUUAUAAUGAUGGGUAGAAAUCAUAAGAAUAGUCAUCUAUUAAAGAAAACCAAGAAGUGAUAAGCUCCUAUAAUGCGGAAGGAGUUCUUCGUAUAAGCAUUUUGAAUGGAACAAAACUUAAAAGAUCAAAGGAUACAUAAUUCGGAUCAGUUUAAAUUGAAUCUAUACAACAAUAAACAAAGAAAUUUAAGUAGGAAAAUCCUACUUUGAACCAAAAAUUCUUGAUGAAGUGCUAACCUUUAAAAGAUAAAAAUAUUGAAAUAAAGUUUUCAUUAAAAAACUAUUUCAGCUCGAAUGACAUAGAUGUAGACGUUGGCUCUAUUAUGUAGAAUUUAGAUUAAUUAUCUUUGGUAGCUAACAAACCUAAAUGUGUGUAAAAAAAUUUCACAGAUAACAAUAUCCCUAGUAGUGCUGCUUUGAUGUGUGAGUAUACAUUCUUAAAGAAUUCAUUUACUCGUGAGCCUAAGGGAAUAGUAAGAAUCAAGAUAGAGAAAGUUAAUAAUAUAAAUUUAAAGAAAGCAUUUUACACUUUCUAAAACAGUAAUUAAUUGUGUAAAUUUUACAUAGAAGGUCCUACCUUCUACUUGGACACUAACAGUGUACUUGAUGAAAUAAAAUUUAACUUAUAUAUCAACAAAGAUUUACUUGAAGUUUAAAUGAAUAAAGAAGAAUUUAGCUAACUUGAACCUGAAUGUACUGUUUCUUUGGUUUUAGCAGAACUCAACUGGCUAUAGAAUAAAGAUGAUGAAGUAGAGAGAGAAGCAGUUACUACUCUUAAUUUUAUAACUAACAAAGUAGCUACUAAGGUUUCUUUGAGUCUUGUUCACAGAAAUGAGCAAACUUGGAGCAAGUUUUAAAAAGAGUAUGAUCCUCUGGUAGCUAGCUUUAAAAGAUAGAAAACUAUUGAACCUAAUGAAAAGACUCCUCUCAAUAUUUAAAAACAUGAAUCAAAUUAAUAAUAAAAAUAGAGUUAGUUCUCAAAUAAGUAGCCUAAUUUGAUUGCUUCAUCAAAAGAAGGACCAAAGAAAAAAAGUGUUGUAAAUGUAAAAGAAGACAUUGAUGGUGGAAAUUUUACUAAAUUAUCUUAGAAUACACUAAAACAAGAUAAUUAGCCAAAAUAAGUUUAUGAAGGCUUAAAUUUAUUUUGUGUUAUUAAGGGUAUAUAAAUAAACGGAAUUAAUUUGGAAGAUCUUGGAAAAACAAACUUAUUUUUAGAAGUUUCAAUCCCAACUCUUAAUUAUAGAUGCUUUACCUCAGUUUGUGAUAAUCCUUACAAAUUUGAGUGGCAAACAAACAUACCAAUUAACUUUAUAAACUACAUAGACAAAGAUGCGAUACCUGCAACUGUGAAAAUAUAUGAACUCUACGUGAACCCUAAUUAAGUUGAUAACGAAGUUAUACCUUCAAAAUAUAAUGAAAUAAUGAGUUUUACUUUAAAUCCUUUACAUCUAGAAAUACCUACUGUUUUAAUUCAAUAAUAUGGUCUUGCAAGAAAUACAAUUUCAUCAAUAGAUAUUAAAUCUCCAGUUUUGAGCUAAAAUUUCAUGUUUUUAUUUAAGAAAGUUCUCUCUCAAAAGAACAAAUCCUUUGAUUAAUUUUAAAAAAGUUUAACCUAAAAUGGAACUCUUAAAAUAAAAUACACCCAAAAUAAAUCAUUGUUUAUUGAUUAGCCAUUAGGAAUUCUAAGCAUUGACUGCAUUUAAGGUGAGAAUAUUUAAUAUACUAACAGAGACAUAAUUAAUAGCUUACUAGUCUUUGAAGUGAAUAACUAGAUUGCCAAAACCGAUGAACAUAUUAACAACUUAAAAAAUCCUAAAUAUUAAAAGAGCAUCAAAUUUUUCACUAACUCUAUCUUAGAUACUUUAAAAAUUAAAUUCUUUGAUUUUAGCAACAAUGCUAGUAUUUUGAUGUUUAAAAUAUUUUAGAGGAUUGCCGAUCUUCCUUUGGUCAAUACAGAUUUUCCAAACACUUGGAAAAUUCCACUUUCAACUCUUAAUUAAGAAAUAGAAGGAAAUUUCGUUUUCACUUUCAGCUAUACUCCUAUAAAUUCUCAUCCUUUCUACAAGCAAAUACAAAAUGGAUCUGAAUUAAAUGAAAAAUUAUUUUGGGUUGAAAGGUAUGAAAAAAGAGAUGGCUCAGUAAAAGGCAUUACUUAAGUUGUUAUUUCCACAUAAUCUUUAGAAAUAACAGGUGGACCUAAAGAUACUCAUGCCUAAAUAACGUUAAAAUCAAAGAAUAGCACAUACAUUUCCUAAAAGAUUCGCCUAUCCAAAAAUACAAACACUUAUAACAAUAUUAAGGAAAACUUCAGGUUAAAUUUAAAUGCUUUUGAUUUAGAAGAAUAAAACAUUGAUGUUAGCUGUACUUUUAUGUAUUCUAAAGAUGAUAAAAAUUUUACUGUUAACGGAAUACUUAAUGGACAGCUCGAAUGGACGAGAUAUCCACUCAAGAAAUAUAAAACAAAUUAUAUUUAAGUUGAAUUGAAGAAAAUAAAUUUUAAAGGUGCUAUUAAUGAUAGCUUAAACUAAAUCACUUUAAUUGUGGAUGUAGUUGAUUCUUUUAGCAUUGAAAACUACGAAAAUGUUUUACUUAAUAUCAGGCCUCUCAAAAUAAAAAAUAUUAAUUAAACUAAUCCAUUAAAUGAUUUAUUCUUAAAAACUUCAUGCCAGUACGUUUUAAAGUUAUUUAUAAACAAGAAGGAUUAAGUAAACUAAUUUUUUUAUGCCAUGCCAGGUACUAUUGAAUCUACAACUGAUGUCAAAAGUGUUACGUUCUUACCAUCUUCUCUUACAUAUUACUCAACUCCAUUUAGAGUCCAAUCUUUAUAAAGCAUUAUUGUUUAAGAAUCCAAGGAUAUAAUAGACAGACAGAUGAGUUUUGGUGAUAGAAUUUGUAGCUUUUUUACUACUAAUUUGAAUGUCCAAAUUAAUAUAGAAUUGGUAUAAAUAACUGAUAUGACUGUUAAACAUCCUUUAAAUAUUGAUUAUAUGUAGCUCGAUUAAUGUUCUAUGCCUAUCCUCAAGGGAUAAAUAUGUUUUUCAGACAUUUUGAAUUUCUUAAAUGAAAAAGAUUAAACUUAAAAUUUUGCUAUUAAAAUGUUGAAAUAAAUUCAUCCAAAUUUAAUUAGUGCUGGUGAAGCAAACACAAGUAGACUUGGAAUUAAAUAGGAAGAAAUAGUAUUUGUUUUUUCUGCUGACUUUAAUUUAUGCCCUAAAAGAUUGUAAUCACAAUUAAAUUUGAAGAUGGAAGGAGAAAACGAAUAACAAAACAAGCAAUAAUAAAGCAAUGAAGAAAUUAAAAUGGUAAAAGAAAUGAAAGAUGGUUUAAUUUAAAUCUAAGUAGAGGGGCUUCAUGGAAUAAAUAAUAGUAGCAAUCAAAGCACAAUUAGCUCGGAAACUGAAGCUACAAUUUACAGCAAUUAAAUUAUAUUUAAAUAGCUAGAUUAAGAAGGUUUGUCCAAACUGACUUUCAAGAAAAAGCAAUAGCAAUAUUCCAUUUCACAAGAUGAGACUUCUGAAUAUUUCAGAAAUGAUGAAGCCCCAUUUAACUAGCUAGCUUAACUUAUUUUCCAUCCUGAACAAAAUAAUGUGUCAAUAUCAUUAAUCAAGAACCUAAUUGAAUUUAUUUCAUUAGAUAAAUCUAAAAGGUAUCUCAGAAGAAAGCAACUAUAGUCGUUUUCAAUAAACCUAGAUUCACUUAAUUGGUUCACGAAUUAAACAAUAAGCAUGAGUAUUCUUUUAUAGAAUGAUUUGCUCUAUAGAAGUGCAGUUUUAAAUUUGAAUCUUUCAUUCAUUCAAAAUAGGUUUACUUCUAAUUUUGACUGCACAAUAAUUUUAAAAUCAUUUGAAAUUAUGGAUAUAAAAGAAAAGGACUUCUAAAAAUCGCUUAGCUUCAAUUUUUAUAUUCAAGGAUUUGAUACUGAAGAAGAUAGCUUUUAAUAGAUAAUAAGUCACUCCAAUAAUAGUUAUCCUAUAAUAAAAGAGUUUUCUAAAUUUAAGCAAAGCUACCAAAGCUCUAAGAUUUUGCCUGCUACAGAAUUCAAAUAAACUGAUACUGGUUAUAUUUAUACACAGUCUCUUAAUCUUAAGUGUUAAAGUAUAUUCGAUACUCUUACCAUUGAUUUUUGUGAUACUUCUAAGACAGAUACAGGUUUGAUUUCUAAGUGUAAAUUACCUCUCUACAAUAUAAAAUUCCCUUAAGUGUCUCAAGAAGAAGAAAAGAAAUAAGAAGAAGAAGAAUAAUAAAAUAUUAGCUAAGAAGAAGAUAUUUAGGAUGAUGACAAUUAAAAUAAUAAUACAAAUUCACAAUAAAAAAUGUUAAGGAAUAACUUUUUAGAAAGGAAAAUAAAAACUAUUGUAGAACAUGGUUUGAAAAAGUUUAAUGAAGAAUAAAUUUAAAAGAACAUUGAAGUUGAAUUCUUUUUAGUUAUGUUUAAUAGUGUCAAUAUAAUUAAACGUAUCCCUUGUAAAGUUGUUUUAGAAUUCUUCAAAGGAGAAGUAAAUAACCAACCACAAAGUACAAUUUCUUUAGCUAAUAUAGCAAAAAUAAAAGGGAAGUUAACUAAUGUAAGAGAAAAGCUUUACAAAAUAUAUUAUUAUGACUCUAAAAUGAAUGCAUAUGAGUUUAACUAAUAGUUCAGAAAAAAAUUCAAAGGAAUGAGCUUACUUUAUUUAAGAGAGCGUUUUUCUGGUAUGAAUAAAUAGUAUAAUAAUCCAGACUUUAAAAAAGAGCUUACUCAAUAUUCUAAAGAUGGUGAGUAUUUAUGGCAUAUUACUAUUCCUUAGGGCACUACCCUCUAAAUAAAAGGAUCAAUAAAAAUGAAAUACUCUUUUAAUAUAAGCUUAAUUAUUCAGUAGAAUGUUAAAAAUUCGACUCCACUUAAAUUAUUUGCAUAAUUUAAGAGAGAUGCCUAUUCUUUCAAGGAAGAAAGAGGUGACGAUGGUGAUGAAAUAGAGAUGACUGAAAUAACUUUAAAUCAGGAGAUCGACUUUUACAUUCCUGGAGAAGUUAUGAAAAAUUCUUCAUAAAUUAUGCUUGGCUUUAAGUAUAUGGAUAAAGAAGGGAAUAUAAAACUUGAAGAAGGUGAAAUUCCUAAACAUUCUAUUUAGUAAACUAUUCAGUCUAUAAAUAGCCCUGAGGAUCUCUUUUAAACCCAGUAGCUUCUCAUAUUUAUAAGACCCUCGAAUUUCAGAGUUAUCACUCUUUUAAGAGUAAUCACUUCUCCAUUUUAUAAACAAAAUGUAGGAGAAAUAUCUGUCUAAAUUCAUAGAAUAAUAAGAGUAGAAUAAAAUGAAAUGCUGGAUACUCGUGGUCUUAAUUCAGUUAUUCGUUAUAAGGAUAAAAAAAUAAUUGCUAAAAAUUACUUUUCUGACAAAAUCUCAGUAUUUGCUUUGUCUAACAUGAAACUUAAAGUUAAAGUGAAUGGGUAAAAAGAAUUCACUAAUUUUAUCGAUUCAGAUGGAAGCAUACUUUAAAAUGAAUUCAAGACUCAUAAGUUUUUGACUUCUCAUCCUAGUGAUAAAAUUGAAUUAAAAUUGGUGAUGACAGGAUAGUCAAAAGAACAGCUGAAUAAAAUAAUGAGAAAUAUAAGUUAGGAAUAAUCAGAAGAGAUAGAAGAAGCUAAAGAUAUUGGUGAGGAUGAAGAAGUUAAAUAAGAAAAUAAUGAUGAUUUCUUAAGAGAAGACAGAUCCAUUAACUUAUGUAAAGGAAGCUUCUAAAUUGUUGAUGUUGUAUAUUCAAAACCAUAAGGAGAAGAAUUCUUCUUUAUUUAGCCAUUAAGAGAAUUGAUAUAUCAUAACAAUGAUGUUAUGAAGCAAUUUUAUAACAUACUUAAUAGAAAAGAUAUAUAUGUAUUGGGCAGCUUCAAAUUCUAACCUAUUCAUUGGGCAAAAGUUUUUAUGAAAAUUGAUGGAAUAAAAAAUAUAUAAUUAAACCCAGAGCAUCACUUGAUUUAAUAAAUUAUUAAAAAAAUUGAUGAAGAUAAUGAAAGAUAUAAGGAUGAUUUAAUAUAUUUUGGUGUAAAGCUUAAGACAAUGGUAUAUUACAAUGAUUAUUCUACAGAUGUUAUAAAUGAGCACUCAACAAGCCUUUUAGAGAUUACUCUUGAAAAUUUUAUUGAAUCACAAUUAAAUUCAAAGGCAAUAAGCUUCUAAUUUGAUACACCUGAAAAUUUCAGUGUUGUUUAUAGACAAUAAGAUGAUAUUGAAAAUAUAGCUAUUGAAGUCAUGCUGGUCAUGAUGUUUGAAGGAAAAGAAUAUGAGCUCUGCUAAAGAUUGUAUCCUGUGAAAAAAAUGUGUGAAUAGAAAUAUCUUAAUAAUGUGAUGAGUUUGAAUCUUGAAUUGAAUGAGUAGUGCAACACAUCAGUUUCAAGCAAUGACAUAAUUAAAUUGAAGAAUGCCAAAUAGAUACCAAUUGUAAUUUCAAGAAUUUAAGCUAGACAGGAAAUAAAGAUAAAGAGAAACUAAAAUGAAUUUGAUAAAUUAGUUGUUGAGAAAAAAGAAAAGAAAAAUGUUGAAAAUGAGAAAUUAAAUUUCAGAAAAACAACUCUACUAGACAUGAUUCAAAAUCUUCUUUCUUCUUCAUAAAGAAAAGUUACUUUACAAAUAAUAAAGGAAAUUUAAGAGCUAAUUUUAUAUGUAGAUUACUCUGAGUAUAAAUAGCAUGUCAAAACAACUGUAAUAACUUUGAUGAAUUUUAUAAGAGUUUAUUAUGACGACUAUGAGAUAGUGCAAUAGUGUCUGGCUAAUAUGAGUAAUUUAGCAGCCUAGGAUAUCAAUCAGUUCAUAGAUAUAUUUAAAGCAAAUAAUGGGUUAGCUAUUUGCCAAGAUUUAGCAGAAAUGUUAAGCAAAAUAAAGCUACUCCAUAUUAAUUAAAUAGAUGAAAAUUAAGAGGAAAAAAAGAAUAAAGUUUAGUCAAAAGAAAAAAAAUCAACACUUAUCAUCGAUUACAGAUCAAAAAAAUUGGAUAUAUCAUCAUCAAUGACCAUUACAACUGAGUAAUUAAAAUAGGAAUCUUAUAAGCAAGAAGAUUUGUUAAAUAUCAUUCUGAACAAUCGUCUUAGGUAUGUAGAAACUCAAAAAGAUGAGAAUGGGCUUUUUCAACAAAACAGCAAAUAUGUUAGAAAUUAAAGUGAUUUUGAACUUCUUGAAUACUCUUAGAAAGAUGAUUUUCUCAGAAGCAAAGGAAUUCAAACGCUAUAACUUCUAAAGUUGCUCGAUUUCUAUAUGGAAAGAUCAGUUUAAAAUGUGAUUGAAUGCAAUUAGUUGAUAAAAAUUAUUGAUGAGUUGUUAAUUGAAAGUUUAGGUAAAGUCAAGAAUUUAGUAAAACUCUACUCUAUGAUAUCAACAAAAGUUUUAAGCAUGACAAUUGAUGAAGAAAGUGAAAAAAUUUUAGGGUUAGAUAUUUUUGCAAAUUUCUUAAUUACUUUAUGCAGCUCUGCUUCAAAUAUGAACUCUGAGGAUACUCUACUUGCUCUAAAGACUGUCUGCAAAUUAUUCAGAUAUAUUGGCUACAAAAAAGACUUUGGCUAUAUUUCAAAAACUUACAAUCAGUAUUUUAGUUUUGUGUUCUCUUUAAUAGGCACUAAGAAAAUAACAAGAUAUGUUUUGAGUGAAAUAAUUGAUCAGUUAGUGCAAGAUAUUACUGUCAUUUCUUAAGAUCCUCAAAAUAUAAUUAAGAAAAAAUUUUCUUAAUUGGUUGACGAAAAAAAUUUAUUGAGGUAGUUAGAAAAAGUACUUGAUGAAGAACUAUUGGACUCUUAUGUCCUUGCUGAAGAUGAGAAAGAAAUAUUUAAUGAAGAUAUAAUUAUAGAAAACUGUUUUAAAUUUUUGACAAUGCUGGCAAGAGAGUUUGAAUAUCCAGCAGAUGAAUUUUUAGGCAUAGAGUCAAUUCUUAAGCAGAGGUAAAAAACUGUCAAAAAACCAAAAAGAAAAGCAACUAUUGAAAACUUUUUAAGUUUCCUAUUUAACAAAGCUCAAGGAUUAGAUAACUUGAAUAAGUACGAUAUAAAUAAAAGAAAAAAAGAGCUACUAGAAAAGAAGAAGUAAGAUUUCCUUAGCGAUCCUGUAAAGUUAAAAAAUGAAUUAGCCACAAAAUAUUUAAUAUCUAGAUUAGAUUGGAAAUGA